AAAAUGAUGCAAAAGACCACUCUUUAUUAAUGCUGUCUUUUGUGCCUUCUGGAAAGUUGUUAACAAGUUUGUAUUUGUUGUAAGUUCCAUAAUAGCUGGAUGUAUUCAUUUUCAGUGUUUAAGUUUACAUACAUAAACUGGUCUCUUGAUGUCUAAUCCAUGUGAAAAGUUACAUGUUGCUACCAACACGUUGUUAAAUCUAUAACAUCAAGAAAUAAAAUGUAGAGACUUCCUUAAACUAUGAAUCUGAAGAACAGUAUUAAUUACAAGUGCUAUUUUUAGAGCCCCAGGUUCUAAAAGUUAGAUUUUUUUUUUUUUAACUUAUGGAAAUUGGCCCCACAUCAUAAGGCAGUCAUUACUUUCCCUAUUAUUUUCCUUUUGUGCAACUCUAAAAAUGAACAUUUGCUUUUUAACUGAUUAUUCAGAUAUGUAAAGUCUUAAAUAAAACUGUCUGGCAGCGUCAAAAAAAAAAACUGCUUUUGCUGCAUCCUGUAGAUUUUAGAACAUUGUGUUUCCAUCUCCACUUGUCUCAAGGUAUUCUUUUAUGUCCUGUCUAGUUUCUUUGCUGGAUCAUUGGUUAUUUAGAAGCACGUUGCUUAUCUACCAUGUGUUAAUGUUUUUUUCUGGUUUCUUUCACAUCCACAAUGGCAUGACACUAGAAGCCACUGACAAGAAGAGGCUGUGAGGGGAAAUAGGUCAGAGAUAGGGUUGACCACAAAGAAGAUUAGGAAAACUUAUGAUGAGUAAUUGUGGACACGACUUAGCAAAUCAGCAGCAGCAGCAACAAUUGUGGCAGUGGCUACAUGACUCUACAUGUGACCAAAGUCUUCAAACCAUACACUAAAAAGUGUGCAUAUUACUGUUUGUAAGUUAUAUGGCAAUUCUAAAGGGGGCUAUAACAAGAAAUAUGACAAGUAAUACCAGCGAAUGUAUUGACCCUCAAAAUAUCCAACUUAGUCCCACAGGAAGUCAAAUUGCUUCCUCCUUUGGAAAGUGGGGUGACGAGCUGUAGACGCCCUCAUGCUCUCCCAGGAGGUCAUCCCUGGGGAGAGAGAUGUCUCUCUAAUUCCCUGCUGAUUCCCACGCAUUAGUCUCUGAAAUCCCACCCUGACUCCGGUCAACAUCAUUUCAGGAGAGCAGACUGCACGCUGAGCCCUGUUACCACCCUUUAUUAAUCUGCAUGUUAAUAAAUGCAGGCUGUUAGUCUGGCAGGUCCUCAGCUGACCUAAGGAUUGGCUGUGAGCCUUCAGUCAUCAGGGAAAAUGCCCCAAGGUAAACAUUAUACUAAGCAACCUUAAAAUAAUAACCUCUUAGUGUUUUAUAGACCUUCCUUUAUUUGCCAUUUACAGAGGCAAUUUUGUGAAUUAUGUGGGAAAAGUAAUUUAAUUAUAUUUAUUUCACAAAUAGGACAUAAGUGGCUCCUCCAAGGGCACAGAAAGAACGCCUAGUAGAUUCAGAAGCUGACUGCAUACUAGUGUUCUUUCCCUCAUCUUCCCUGCCUUAGAGACCUGGGAGCAUUUCUACCGCUGCCUGGGAGAUGACUUCUCUGACAGCAUUUAUGCAUUAUGUCAUGGCUAAAUUUCUGACUUCAAACUUACUAUUCAGGAUUAACCAUUCUAUUUUGUCAAGGAGUAAGGAUAUCUGAUUCUUAAGUAACCUGGAUGGAGAACACGACAGAAGUGACACAGUUCAUUCUCCUAGGACUAACCAACACCAAAAAACUACAAGUUCCCCUCUUUCUAAUAUUCGUUCUCAUUUACGUGAUCAAUGUGGUUGGAAACAUGGGCAUCAUCCUCUUGGUUCUCUUGGAGUCUCAUCUCCAGGCGCCCAUGUACUUUUUCCUCAGUAACCUGUCUCUGGUGGACUUCGGUUACUCCACAGCUGUCAUUCCCACAGGCCUGGCUGGAUUCCUUACAGGCAGCGGGGUCAUCUCCUAUAAUGCGUGUGCUGCUCAGAUGUUUUUCUUUGCAGCCUUUGCCACUAUGGAAAAUUUCCUCUUGGCAGCAAUGGCCUAUGACCGCUACGCAGCGGUGUGCAGGCCCCUCCAUUACACCUCAACUAUGACGACAAGCAUGUGUGUUAGUCUGUCCGCAGGCUCCUAUGUCUGCGGUUUCCUGAAUGCCUCCAUCCACGUUGGAAUCGCCUUCAGUCUCUCUUUCUGUGGGUCCAAUGUGGUCCACCACUUUUUCUGUGAUGUUCCAGCAGUCAUGGUUCUCUCUUGUUCAGAUAGGUAUGUUGGUGAGAUGGUUCUCGUUUAUGUAGCCAGUUUCAACAUCUUCUUUGCUCUCCUGGUUAUCUUAAUAUCCUACAUAUUCAUAUGUAUCACCAUUCUGAAGAUGCACUCCUCUGCAGGGUACCAGAAGGCUUUAUCCACCUGUGCCUGCCAUCUCACAGCAGUCUCCAUCUUCUAUGGUACGGUUAUCACAAUGUACUUACAGCCCAGCUCCAGUCAUUCCAUGGACACUGACAAAAUUGUGUCUGUGUUCUAUACCAUGGUCAUCCCCAUGCUGAACCCUUUGGUCUAUAGUCUAAGGAACAAGGAGGUCAAGAGUGCUUUCAAAAAGAUGAUUGCAAAGGCAAGAUUGUCGUUUUAACAUUUUAGAGUACGUAAUGAUCCAGUUUUACUCUUCUCAGAUUUUUCCCAUGCACUGAGUCACAUGCAGAAAUUAAAUCCUGAAUAAUACCCUUAUUUUUUUCUAAAGUAUAUUGUCUAGAAUAAGGAAGUGUUGCGUUUGGAAAUCUAACAACUAAAUGAGGAUGGCCAAAGAAAGCAUAAAUAUUUUUGUUCUGCUUGUCAAAAAAGCUAGUUAAGGACAUUUACAUGUUCAACAUGCAUUUUACCUGCCACAUGCACUAUAGCAUACAGGUGAAGCAGGAAAGCAAGCAAGCCCAUGAAGAGAACUGCAUGCCUGUGCCCUAUAGACACGCAUACACGUGGGAGGAGAAACUUAGCAAGAGAUAGAUGGAGAGUGUUUGUUUUUAUUAAAAAUAAUGUGAAUAGUGACUUAGUGGAUUAAAAUAUAAAUUUAUAUCUAAUAUUACUUUCUUUAGUUGAAUAACUGUUCUAAAAGUCCUAGUCUGAGAAAAAAAGCAAUAAACUUUUGAUGAAACUAUGUGCUUAUUUUGUUGGCAUAGUUUACUGACAGAUGUGUAAAUAUACCAUCUUAAGUGAACUAAUAAUUGUCUUGAUCAAGUCAUUUUAUUAAGCUGCAUUUUCACAUCACAGUCUUCAAAAGGAUAUAAUAGCCACAGUACAAG